GGUGGGAGAAGAGGAGAGAAGAGAGGAGAGAGGAGAGAGGACCAGACCAGUGCCUGAGAGCAGUGGAGACCAGUGCGGGAGACUCGUCGCUCAACGGGACUCCACGUAAAUAAAGACAGCACAGCAGGCUCCGUGUUUGGCGAACGAGCAGAUAAGAUUGAAGAAAAACCACAGACGAUAGAGAACAAGCCUACUCGCCGACAGGAGGAGAAGAGAGUGGAUUCGUGUGUCUCUGCUGUGAGCGAGUGAGUGAGUGAGUGAGGGAUUGAGGGAGCACACGGUGACUGAGCUGAGAGACGGGGCGUCGUCAUAUUCGGGGGCAGAACUUUGGAUCACACGCUGAUAAUGGAGAGGAGGAGGAUGGACACGGCACUGCUCGUGGUGCUGCUAAUGGGACACCUUGCCACCGCGCUGGAGGUUCCACUGGACCUUCUUGAAGGAUUGCCACAGCCGCCGACCAUAACUCACCAAUCCCCCAAGGAUUACAUCAUCGACCCACGGGAGAACAUUGUAAUCCACUGUGAGGCGAAGGGGAAGCCUCAUCCCAGCUUCUCUUGGACAAGAAACGGGACCCAUUUUGACAUCGACCAGGACCCCAAUGUGACUAUGAAGCCCCACUCUGGGACUCUGGUAGUGGACAUCAGCAGGGAGAAGGCUGACAUUUAUGAGGCGGUGUACCAGUGCAUAGCGAGAAACAUACACGGAACUGCUGUUUCCCACAACAUAGUCAUACGCCAGUCCAUUGCAUUUUCCAUCUUAAGAGCACUUCUGACAGGAUCCCCCUUGUGGUCAAAGGAGAAAAUCAAGCCAGUUGUCAUUCAGGAGGGCGGCUCCUUGGUGCUGCCAUGUGAACCACCUGCUGGCCUGCCCCCUCCCAUAAUAUUCUGGAUGGACAAUAACUUCCAGAGGCUGCCUCAGAGCAGCAGGGUGUCCCAGUCCCUGAAUGGAGACCUAUACUUCUCUAAUGUCCUCCUAGAGGAUUCCAGAAAUGACUACAUCUGCUACGCCCGCUUCCCGCACACACGUACCAUCCAGCAGAAACAGCCCAUCAGCGUCACGGUCCUCAAUCUGGAUGCAAUCAAUGACACAAUGGCAGCUUUUUACAAUGACACUGAUUUAUUUAGUGAAGACCCAGUGGAAGAGAGGAGGCCAACUUUCCUCAUACCAUCUGGCUCCUCCAGCUCCAAGAUGGUAUUGAGAGGACAGGUGCUGGAGAUGGAGUGUAUUGCAGAGGGACUGCCCACCCCGGAAAUCUCCUGGUCCAAAGUGAGCGGUGAACUCCCAUCCAAGGGCACAUCCUUCCUGCACUACCAGAAGACACUGAGAAUUGUGAACGUGUCAGAGUCAGAUGCUGGAGAUUACCGCUGCACUGCCAGGAAUCAGCUUGGCUCAGAGCACCACACCAUUCAUGUUACGGUCAAAGCUGCUCCUUACUGGAUCAGUGGCCCUCCCAGGAACCUUGUCCUGGCUCCAGGAGAGAACGGUGUGCUGACCUGCAGAGCCAGUGGCACACCCAAGCCCUCAGUCACCUGGGCUAUGAAUGGCAUCUCCAUAGAGAAUUCCCCAAAGGACCUUAGCAGAAAUGUGGAAGACGACACUAUCAUCUUCACUGACAUACAGACGGGAUCCAGCGCGGUCUAUCAGUGUAAUGUCUCCAAUGAUCAUGGUUACCUGCUGUCCAAUGCCUUCGUCAAUGUCCUCUCGGAGCCGCCCAGAGUGCUGACGCCAAGCAACAAAGUCUACCAGGUCAUCAAAAAUCACCCAGCCUUGAUAGACUGCGCCUUCUUUGGGUCACCCAUCCCUAAAAUUACAUGGUUUAAAGACAGUCGGUCCAGCACGCUGGUGGGAGACCCGUACAUCCUACAUGACAAUGGGACUUUGGAGAUUCACAAGGCUCAGGCCCGAAACGCUGGCAAAUACACUUGCGUGGCCAGAAACAACCUUGGUAUCUAUGAGAAUCACGUCUACCUGGAGGUCAAAGAGCCCACACGCAUCCUGAAGCAGCCGGAGUACAAAGUGAUACAGAGGUACAAGUCCGCAGUGCUGGAGUGUAAGGUGAAACACGACCCCACCCUGGUCCCCACCAUGAGCUGGCUCAAAGACGAUGACGAGCUCCCUGAUGAUGAGAGAUUCGUUGUAGACUCGGACAGCCUCACCAUCAUGGAUGUGACAGAGAGUGACGCGGGUGUCUACACCUGCAUCGUGAACACCACUCUGGACCAUGACUCAGCGAGUGUUGAGCUUACUGUAGUUGAGGCCACUCCAACACCAGCUGUUGUCUACGAGCGACCUGACCCGCCCACUGACCUGGAGCUGACCGACCAGAAAAAGAGGAGUGUUCAGCUUACAUGGACCCCUGGGGAUGAACACAACAGUCCUAUUCAGAACUUUCUGAUCCAGUAUGAAGACUCACUGCACCACAGAGGUUACUGGCAUAAUCUUACUGAGGUCCCUGGAACCAAGACGACAGCUCACCUCAAACUGUCCGCCUACAUCCACUACACCUUCAGAGUUUUGGCCCUCAACGCCGUGGGCUUCAGCCGCCCCAGCUCACCCUCCAAGAUUUACAAGACAGAACCUGCAGCUCCAGACGAGAACCCCACAGGUGUACAGGGAUUUGGAACAGAACAUGACAAUCUUGUAAUUUCCUGGACGCCACUGUCAGGGCUCCAGUCUAAUGGCCCAGGGCUUCGUUAUAGAGUAAUGUGGAGGCAGAAGGCAGUUGACAGUGAUUGGACCUCAGUCACUGUGGCCAACAACUCCCGCUUUGUUGUGUCUGGAACGCCCACAUUUGUUCCGUACGAACUAAAAGUUCAGGCGGUGAACGACCAUGGGGUUGGACCUGAACCUGCUAUUGCCCACGGCUUUUCAGGAGAGGACUUGCCAGUAGCAGCUCCAGAAAUGGUCCAGGCCGUGGUGCUCAACAGCACACUGGCAGAGGUGCACUGGGAACCAGUACCUCAUAAAUUAAUACGUGGACAAAUCAAAGGAUACAAGGUGUACUACUGGAAAGAGCGUGCGCUCCACAAACACAACCCCCAUCAAAUGGAGAAGCAGAUCCUGACCUUCGGUGGAAACCACAGCCACGGCAGGUUGCCUGCUCUGCACCCAUUCAGCCUCUACUCCUUCAAUGUCAGGGUCUAUAAUGGCAAGGGAGACGGUCCCCCAAGUCCCACCCAGCAGUUUUCAACACCUGAAGGAGUGCCUGGGGCCCCGACCUCCUUGGUAGUCACCAACUUAAACCUUGACUCUUUGACCCUUGAAUGGAGUCCACCUCACGAUCGCAAUGGACGAAUCACCGGCUACACGCUCAAAUAUCAGCCAGUCAAUAACUCCAAUGAGCUGGGCACAGUGGAGGAGCUGGCCCUGCUCGCCAAUGAGACCUCAGUCACUUUGCCCAACCUCAAGUACAGCACGCGCUACAAGUUUUAUUUGAGUGCGAAAACAGUCAGGGGACCCGGGCCAGCCAUUACUGAAGAGGCUGUCACCGUCAUGGAUGAAGCUCUUAUGUCACAGCUUGACGUAGAUGGGGCUGAAGGAAGCACCCAAACCUCUCAUCCCAUUGCACGGCUUCCUCCGCGCCGUCCACCCCACAAGGUGUGGCCUGUGAGUCCUUUUGGGAACGUUAGUUCCUCGGUUGGAGAGGACGGGGCCGUCAUCAGUUGGGAGUACUGGGGCCCAGAGAAAACCAUAUAUGUAGAAUACAUAGUAGAAAACAGUGAAGGUGAAGAGGAGUGGCAGAAAGAGCUCGUGAACGGCUCUCAGAACGUUGUGCUGAAGGGCUUACAGGGGGGCCGCUCCUAUAGGGUGCGUUUGGUGGCCAAAGGUCACCACGACCAGCCGCUCCACCACUCCAAGGAGCUAUUGGUCACGGUACCAGCUGUGGCAAGCAGACAGGUGGACAUCGCCACUCAGGGAUGGUUUAUUGGUCUCAUGUGUGCCAUUGCAUUGCUCAUCCUGAUCCUCCUCAUUAUCUGCUUCAUUCAGAGGAAUAAAGGAGGCAAAUACCCUGUCAAAGAGAAGGAGGAUGCACACACAGACCCAGAGUUCCAGCCCAUGAAAGAGGACGACUGCACUUUUGGGGAAUACAGUGACAAUGAGGACCAUAAGCCAUUAAAAGGGAGCCGCACACCGUCUAAUGGGACGGUUAAGAGAGACGACAGUGACGACAGUUUAGUUGACUACGGGGAAGGAGGAGAAGGACAGUUCAACGAAGACGGCUCCUUUAUUGGCCAGUAUAGCGGAAAGAGUGGCAGCAGGGACACUGCUGAGGGUCACGAGAGCUCGGAGGCCCCGUCUCCUAUUAAUGCCAUGAACUCCUUGAACUCAUUUGUGUAGCCAAUCAGUCCUCACUGACCAGCAUGAGGUGCUGCUCUGACUGCUCGCCCCCAAACCACCACCACCACCACACACACAUCUCUGCUCCAACAGCGCAUGGCUUUAUGAUCACAUGUCCAGUGCCACACAGCUCAUCAAAAGACAUUUAUGUUUUUAGUGGGAAAUCUUCAUAGAACGGCUCAGCUCAUUGAGUAGGAACUCGCUCCGUCGGUCAUACGAUUCUAAUUGUGCAUGAAAUACCUGAUAUUACUUAAAAGCAUAUAUUAAUUAACAUAAUAGGUAUUAACAAGUCUUGCAGCGUUGGCGCACCAGGAAUAUCUCAGAGACUAUGCAGUGCUUGUCUGAACUAUAUUUGUUCAUCAUUAUUAUUAUUAUUAUUUUAUCUACUAUAUUUAAAUAGUUUUCAGUGUCUACGGUAAAUGACUCACUCCAUGUAUUUUUCCAACACAGCCGUUUGUAAAGGAAGCUGUAUUUAAAAAUGUAAUGAUUUGAUCAAGGUAGAUCAGGUACA